AUGACGGAGCCCGUUAGAGGUCCCCCAGAGGAUGAGAUGCAAGAUAGUAUAACACUUUCGGCUGCUCCUCGGGCGAAACCAUGUUUAGAGGAUGCUUUUGGUAAUCCUGCUAGCGCUUUUCUUGAAGAUGAAGUUCCAGCCUCACCUACCUAUUCGGUUUCAUCGAUGAGUACACUCUCUUCAAUAUCAGACCUUGACUUAGACUCGGACUCAGAGUCUCUACCGUUACCUUCAAAAGUCAAGUCUGAAGUUGCUGAUAGUAAUGAUGUUCUUGAAAAUAUGGGAAAUGUCAUUCACGCAGACAGCUUACCUCCUGAAAACAUUGACCCCCCACAAAAAAUCUACCAGAAGUCUCGAGUCCGAGGGGUUGAUGUUUGUGCUGAUGCAGAUACGGUUGAAGCAUUUCGAGUUGCUAGAGCCAUUGCUGCUACCGAAGACAGUACGUUUAAUACCAUCGGGUCGAGGCAGCUUCGGUCGUCAAGUAAACCCAGCAGUGCAAAAAAGACGUCACCCAACCCUUGUAACGGAGACACAGAAAUCUCUAGGGAAAAAAGUAGGCUCAGUGCUAAUACCGGUAGUGGUGCCAAUACACAACUGGUGGUUUCAUCAGCUGCAAUCGAUCAGGAUUGUGAACAUAUUCAAAAUGAAGAUCACAAGCCCUCUACAACAAUAUAUUCGCCUCCAAACAAAAGCCAUACAAGGAAAAGGAAAGUAGAGACACAUGACCAUAUCCAGCAGCCGGAUCACACUUUAUCACUCGAAACCCCUGCUCCACGAAAAAAGCGUAAGCAGAAGAGAUCGUCCUGGUGGGCUUGGGUCGAGAUGGAAGACGCGGAAACCCUAGAAUCAAAAGUACAAAAAGAAGGACUACCAAAAGAACCAGCCAAACGCCAUACGUCUCUGCCCCCUGAGUACAGUAUUCAACAGUUUUCGUUCCGGGCUGGUUAUCUCUCCAAUUCCGAUAAAGACUUGAUUCGUCAGUCGAGAGCUCUGUCCGAAGGAGCUGAUAAACCACGGGAUCCUAAACCUAUUGUCCCAACGAUUACUAGGAAAACCGGGAUUCUGGCCAAUGCUACAAUAACUUCGGGGAGGCUACGGCCUCGCAAAGAGCCGAGUACCUCGAGCUCCCAUAGAUUUCGGAAGUCAGCCUCCGAUUUUAUUGUUCCAAACAAUAGACUUAUCGAUAAUGGGGUUGAAACUAGUACUACGAGUUCUUCUAGGGUCCGACCACUAGCAGACAUCACCAACAGACUCCAUGUCGAACCCGAUGCCGGUGGCGAAACAGCAGUCAAAGUGACCACAUGCCUGGAUCAUGGCUCAGAAAUAUUAACUCCAAAAAGAAGAAAAUUGAACUCUAGUGCUAAAAGUGUUCAAAACUAUGGUGGAGAACAGGUUGUCGCACCAACUGCUGUUAUUAGCAAUGUCGAGCGCUUUGGGACUGGUGUCUUUACGGUGGUCAACGGCGUAUGGAUGAUGCCCAAGAUUUGUCACAAAUGCUUGAAAGUACGACAAUUCUGUGACAGAAGAACGCCUUGUGAUAGAUGUAGCAAAGGGGGUACAGAAUGUACCCGGGAUGAAGGACUCGUUCAAGCAAAGAUUGUUAAAACCGAACAGAAGGACGAAUUUUUCCCAUUCUCAUCACCUACACCUGAAACAUCGUCACAGAGAAAACGAGUAAGGCAGGCAUGGAAGCCACCAAAUCACGUCCCCCAACUUUCGAACGAAACCCAGAACCCAAUAGCACCAAAAGUAAAAAGGACCCGGGUUAAAAGGGAGGUGAUGAAUAGGCACCAGGUUGAGUAUUCCAGCCAGGAAAUGUCAAUGAUUCUACACGAUCCCCAAGCAGAUAAACCUCCUGGUAUCAGAAGACCGGAAAUUUGGUGCGAGUCUCGCCAAGAACUUUGCGAGAGCUUGACAUACUUUCGCAGUUAUCAAGGUGGUUGUUAUGGACAUAAUGGCCUUAUUCUAGGAUCCCUCCUUGAUGGUUUCCCUUCACCAAGAGACUUUGUUGAUGGCAAAGUUGUUAUCACCCAUACCGGUGGCAAGUCUGGCAAUGAUGAGGAUGGGCAUCGCAGGCUUCUUGCAAGCCAGACAAAAGAUGACAAGACAAUCAAAUACCUCCUUAGGAACAUCGCAGACAAGUCACCAUUGGUCCUGAUAAUGGGCAAGAACUGCGCAAUUUCGCCUUCGAAAAUUCCACAUACAUACUGUGUCAUGGCUUGGUUCAAAGUCACUGUUGGAUGGGCUGAAAAGGAUCCAGCCACUGGAUUAGCCAGAUGGAAAUUUCGUUUCGAAAAACUUGAUACAACAGAGGAUGGGUGGUGGGCUGGAGAGCCAUCAGUUGAAAGUGAACAUCCUGAGGAAAUGGUGAUGGGUACUUGCCGCACUUGUAAGACUGAGAGCCCACAUAUCUACAAAGAGGGAUGGAUGUGCCUCGAUCAGGGAUGUUCCCAAUUCUGGCAGCUUGAUGGUAAGGAUGCGCCUGCAGAGCUCGAGUACACUCACAACUUUAUAUUCUGCCGAACACAAUGGCCCCUAGAAUGCUCAAUGCCUCCUAGCGAGUUAGCGCCAACCCUCGAUGAAAAUCGUGAUAUUUUCUAUAACGGAGAGGAUGUCUCACGUAUCUACUGGAAGGGGCCUGCCGUACCUACAAACACUUGUCAUGAAGAUGUUGCGUACAAACGGUUCAUCGUAGAUGGCAUGACAGUGAUGCAGUAUAUGUUUGGAGAUUGUGGUACCGUGACACAUAUCCUAGCAAACAAGAAUACGAAUGCGCGCCCCAAGGACGCUGACUGGCUAUUGCAACAUUACCAGUCCAUUGAAAUGCCAUUUAAGCGUUUUCCCUUGCAGAAUCAUAAAUCCAGGGGAACAUUGUUAACUCAACAAUUUUCGUUCAAUUGUGGUGCACCAUAUAAGUUCAUUGCAAAAGUUGACAGCAGCCCAUUCGACAAGUCUCCGCCAGUCGUAUCUCAAGCGCUAAGUCUUAUCACCGCUCGCGCAAGGCUCGUUCAUGCCAAUGCAGAAUUCAAUGAAAUUCUUAGUGUUGGUUACUUCGAAGGCCAGAAGAUGGACUAUCAUGAUGAUGGUGAGGCUGGCCUUGGGGAAACUGUCGCCUCUGUCUCCCUAGGCGCGCCAGCUCGUAUGAGAUUUCGAUUGAAGAAAAAAUAUGUCAAGGAUAGCCAUCUUUGGACAACUAAACCUCCUGCCUUACAGCAACAUGAUAAUUCAAAUAUAGAUGACGAAGACGAAGAUGAGGAGAACGAGGACUUACCUGAUCUUCAACGGAAAUCAUCAGCCCGGGUCCCAAAAGAUGCUAGAGUCAAGCUCGACUUGUGCUUAAAUCAUGGAGAUGUGAUGGUGAUGAGUGGCCCUGGAAUUCAGAAAUACUGGGAGCACUCUGUAAUCCCUCUAGGGAAAUUUAGGAUAGCGGCCACCGCCCGCUUUAUCCAUCCAAAUCAUGCAGGUGUUCGUGAGCAGCUAGUGGAUAUGAAUGUGGUUACGGCCAGCGCUGAGAACGCCGGCUCAGACUCUAUCUCAUUACAAUCACAGCCCUCUGGCGAAAUUCAACAGGUGCCAGUAUCAAAGGAAUAUACGCAUGAACAUACUGGCGGUGAAGACAAUACUGCUGGUGUUGAAAAUAAUGCCCUGGAUGAAACUCCAUUACACCCAAGGCUCUCAGAAUCCCAGAGUAUUCAACAGGCACUUGUGCCAUACGGUAUUGAUACAGCAGUAGCUAUCAAUCAAAACACCUCUUAUAAGCAAACUCAAGAAUUCCCAAGAUUUCCUACUGCGGAUAUCUUUCACCCCGCAGAUGUUCCGAUACAAACGCCAGCCGAUAACAGCUUUUUUACAUCAUCCACUGCAUCGCUCUUUAAUAGCAUGCAGCCACCGGAACAUACAGAGUUUUACAAGUCCCGCAAGUUACCUGAACUGCCAGAAAAUAUGUCCAUCUAG